AUGGCCUCACCAGUUACAACUAACCCACUCGAUAACAUCGAUCUCUCCCAGCCUGAAAGCCCUCCAGAUGAACAAUCGGACUCACACGAACAGUCAUCGACAGAGCUCCAACUCGAAACUCUCCGGGCCGAGAAGGCAACUCUCGAAGCUCAGUAUGGCGCCCUACUUUCAAAACUCACAACGAUGCGAACUACCCUGGGAGAUAAACUCCGCCAGGAUGCUGAUGAGCUGGACAGAAGGGAACAACAGAUCUGCCAACUUCAAGCGCAGAACGAAGACCUCAUUCAUACUACAGAAAACUUGAACACCGAGCUGAUUUCAUCUCAUGAAGAAACCGAACGAUUGCAUCACGAACUAGGUCAGAUUCGCUUGCGGAUGUUGGAUCAUCAAAAACAGCUUGAUUCAGAAAGCUAUGAGAGGGAAGAAGCUUACCGAGAGAGUCAGGACGAAAUAGAACGUUUGCGGAACCAGCUCGAGGAUAGCCAAAGGGAGAUUAUGAACGAAGCCAUCAAACGUGACCAAGCUGACUCAGGGUCAAGGGAGAGGGAUAACAUCAUUGCAGAACUGAAGCGAGAACUGGAACUCCUUAAAGAAGACCGGGAUCUUCAAGCUAAGAGCGCCAGCAACCUUCAAUCAGUAUUGGAAGAGUUCCAGUCAGCCAAAGAAUCCGAAAUUCAAUCGGCCGUUGGCGACACCCAGGCUCGGCUUAUCGAGGCCGAAACAAAGCUACUGGUUUUUGAACAAAAAGCGCAAGAUGCUGAGGCUAAACUUGCGGCCAGCGAAUCAGGUGCAGCACUGUGUGAAUCACUGAAAACAGAACUGAAGGAGAAGAAUCUGCUUGUUGGGAAGCUUCGGCAUGAAGCGGUCAUACUGAACGAGCAUCUGACUGAGGCUCUUCGUCGAUUGAGGAAAGACAGCACAGAACAUAGUGUUGACCGACGACUGGUCACAAAUGUGUUGAUAUCAUUCAUUCUGACUCCAAGAGAAGACACAAAACGUUUCGAGAUGCUUUCUUUACUGUCGAGCAUCUUAUCCUGGAACGAAGAUCAACGUGAACAAGUCGGAUUACAACGCUCAAAUUCAUCAGCCCAGAAAACGGGACGUCAGAAUGCAGGGCUAAAUUCUCCAUCGGGGACCGGACGGGAUACGUUGGGAGACAAUGACACGAUCACCGACCAAUGGGUCUCAUUCUUGCUCCGCGAAGCCAACGCGGCUAGUCCCACUGCAACCCGCUCCCUCUCCAACCUAUCCCUCAACUCACCAUCCACCGUCAGUAACCCCUCGAGGUCUCCUAUCUCCACCCGCAAAUCACCUGACGGCGUCAAAUUACCUUCAUCGCCUGGAUCCACUCUAUCUACUCUAUCCACGCUGACUCGACCGACUUCUGAAUCUUCUUAA